UCAGACUCAAAGCCACUGUAUUUUGGUACUCUCUCUCUCUCUCUCUCUCUCUCUCUCUCUCUCCGUGUGAUAUUGAUAUGCAUGUGCUAUAUGUAUAUACACAAACCUAGUUGCCUCUAUCUUGUUAUGCAUGCUAGGGUUUCGAUUCCACUGAUGUAACCUGUGAACGACAAUAAUAGUAAUUAGUUUUAUUUUUUUUGGUUAAUUUCACGAAGGAGUCUCCGUUAUAUCAUACGACGAGAUAAAUUACUCUAGGUGUUCGACUGAUUUCAGUGCUGACUUUUCAGGACUGAGCAUUUCUAGGUUGUAAUAAGUUGUGGUAUUGCUAGUUGUUUGUGAGGGCUUCAGACUUCAGUAUAAGGUUUGGAUUUCGUCUUUUGUUAACAGUUGUUUAAAGCCUUUUACAGACAUUUUGGUUGUUUUGAGUCUCGAAUGGGGCGGAACGUAAAAUUAAUUCGGGAGGGGCCAGAUGGGAAGAAAGAAAAUUUGAUAACCUAAUAAAGCUGUUCAAAUAAUCCUUGUUCUGUAUUUACUUUACGAUGGUUUAACUAUUUCUCUCCUAGGUUUUGCAAAACUAAGGGCAUUAAAAUCAAUUGAGGAGAGGCCGAGCAAUGAGAAAUUAAUUGGGUUAGGAUUACCACACACGCAGCACGCGUACACACAUACACAUAUGCAGCUAUCUCUAGAAGCAAAAGUGGUUGGGGAUGUGGCCUGGUCCUGCCAAUGAGUAGUUCCACCCUGGGGUCGGGAAACUGUGAACAACACUUAAGAACCUACUGUCUGAGUAUGGUUCCAUGAGCAAAGCGAAAUGUUUUUGGCAAAAUUAGUAUAGGAGAACAUCAAAAAAUGAUAUAAGGCCAUUUGCUUGUGGGAAAACAACACAAAUCCUUGAUCUGGAUUUGCCCUUCAUGUUUGGUGUUAACGUUUAAUUUCUUCAUAGAGAGGAUAUAGUUAGUCAUGUUUCUACUUUUUCCUAUGCAUCUUAGUUAUAUCUUUUUGGCUUCGUAUACGUAGUUUUUCAUGCUUAUUAUGGAGAGACUAUAUGUUUUUUACUUUUAUGCCAUUAUACUGUUUCCAUCAGAUAACCAAUGUCAAACAACAUUUUUUGGGGAAUUCUGAUCUAUUCAAUUAUCAAUUGGAUUGUGCAGUACAUUGUCCACUGAGAACAUCUGUACACUUGCAUGGUUACCUUCAUCGUUUUGCGUGUGAUAGUCUUUGAUGCACCUACACUCCUAGAGGUCACUGUAUCGACGUAUCUGAUACGGGAUGACACAGGUGGGACACGGAUGGGGACACGGCGGGGUUGUAUCUGUCAUUCUUUUUAAAAAAAUUUGGGGUUUACCUGAUCCCAUGGAGACAGGCGAGAGCAUACUGGAUGCCAUAUUCGAUGAGGAUUGCUUGGAAGAUGUCCAAGAAGUUGAGAUGAUGGAUGUAGAAGAAGGAGAGUUGGUGGAACAGGAUUCACAAACUGAUUUAGGACAGAACAUUGGUAGGGAUCGUUGUGCAGAAAAACAAGAUUCUUGCGAGACUAUUGGAGUUCAUGCAGUGGAAAAACAAGAAUCUUGCAGUAAGAGUCGCAGGCAUAGGAAUAAGAAAAAGAAGAAUAAGGGAAAGAAGGGCAGUUCAGGGCACAAAGUGACCGAUAUUAACAGGUUUGUUUUAGAUACAUGUAGACGCUUGCAAGAGAAAAAAACAUAUCUGGUGUACACUGCUGUUGGAUGUCUGGGUGUAUCUGCUUUGGAUGAUCUCGUCAAAGAGGUGGCUGCAAUUCAAGCUUGUGGAGGUCAGAAGACUGCCGAUGGUAGACGCUUUAGAAAUGGUGGUGGGAUAUUAUGGAAUGUCCUGAAAUCACGAGACCCUGAUACCUUUGGUGAGAUAAUGAAGAAGGGGAAGGAGUUUGAGAAGCAAUUUAGGCAGCAAAGCAUUAAGCGAGGCCCUCUUCAGAAUAAGGAAGCUUCUCCUGAGAAAAUGGACGGCACAUCCACAAAUCUGAUUUCGUUGAAUGCUUCCGAUGUGCAGAACCAACUUGAGCAGUCUGAUGCUGAAGGGAAACGAGUCUCGGUUCACGAUAGAAUCAGGUUGCCAGUUAACUAUGACGACUUACUUGGAGGGGAGGAUCCCAAAGUCGAGUCCCUGUAAAUUUACGACGACGUUGAUAAUUUCUUCGUAUCUCAAAUUUGAAUUUUUUUUUUCCAACGUUCUCUUUCUCAGCUACUGAGGUGAGUACAUGUUUUCCCAUUCUUGAAGACGGGACUUAUAUUUGUGCUCGGAAGUAGAUGAAAGGAGAAAAGUCGAUAAGAUCAAUCAAAGGAAAAUGAGAAAUUACCUUUUUUCGGUGGAAGUAUUUGGGGGUGUUGGUCGCAGCUUCUUGAGCUAGCUUUUGGCUUCUACUAGUUUUUCUUUUCUGUUUUGUCAAAACUCUGACUAAACUUCUGCUUAUGGGACAGAAACAACUUUGUCUCGAAAUUAUUUGGAAGCUGCAUUUUGUU